AUUUAUAUUGAGGAUUUGUUGUUGUAUUAGUGAAGUUUGUGUUUCCAACUAGUUCUUAUCGGCACUUCUUAAUCAUCUUCUUAAUCGGAGACUAUCGGAGAGUAGAUUAAUCUAAACUGUAACUUAACUAAAUGCAUUAUGUCAUGAAGAAAAUUAAGUGAUGAAUCGAUAUUGAAUGGGAGAUGGGAACUAGACAACUUUAUUUGCAAAAACAAUAUUAAAAAGCAGUGUAAGAUUUGUAUGCAAGUUUUGUCUUUGAGUAAAGAAUACAAUGUUAAACGACAUUAUACCUACUACUUUACACGAAGCGGUGGUGUACAUCACAAUCGAUAGGAGAAAAAAACAAAAUAGCUAUUUUAAUAGAGUUGGUAGAAAUUUCAUUUUUCACAGACAACACUCAUUAGCGGACUAAUAUUUUGUUUGAGAUUUUGACAUGUCAACCAACGAUAUCAUUGGCGAUGUCGAAUAACACUAACAAAAAUUCGGAUAAUUCCGUUAAUAAUAACACAGCUGAGUCGUUCGACGUUAACUGGGAUGUUGAGAAAUACAGGGAUGAACACGAAUGCGAAGAUCAUUGGCAAUUACGCAAAGCUUUCAUGGAAAAAUGGAAGAACAAUUUCCCCGAGGAAAGACUAGUUUGUUUGGCUCGAGUAUACACUAAUAUUGAAUUUAUGGGCUGUAGAUAUCCACCGCCAGUCAUGCAACAGAUCGCCCAACUCUCUUUUGAGGCUGGGCGACAAUACAGAGAGAAAAGGAAAUCAAAAUUGCAACGCACAUUUGUCUCUGCAUCAACAGCAGCAGAGGACAGAGCUCGAGGAGUGAAACGUGUUGGAGGAGAAAUAGUUGAAGAUAAACCAAAAUCUGCACGAAUAGCAUUCGUACCACAAGGAAAACUUGUAGAUGAUAAUGAAAAAGAAAAGGAUUCUGAUAGAGAUGACGAAAAUGAGGGUUCGGAUAACGAAAUGGAAAUUAAUAAGAAAUCUUUUGAGUCAACCACUACACCAAGUGAAAAAAAACAGUUGGAAACUGAAGAUUACCUUACGGAAAUGUCUAAGAUAAAAUGUUUAGAUGUCAGAUUGUUUAGGGAAAACAUGUUUCAGACUUCAUUUGGACGUAUGGUGCUGCUAAUAAGACCUUGGGCUAGAAAAAUGUGGAAUAUACAGACUAGUUGUCAAGUAUGUGGAUUAAAUAUAACAAAUGGUUAUGAAAAUAAGAGCUACACAUUGUGUAUCAAUCAGAAGCUGUUGGCGCAGGCGUCCGGCGAAACCAAGAUUGAGGCGAAGAAUGCAGCUGAAAUUAUAGCUUGGGAGAGACUAAAGCGUGAAGUGGUGUGCUUGUUGAUAAAAGAGCAGUUUCUAGCUCAAGGCGACGCUCGAAUCAGUAUGAGCGAUGUCUCCGGUAAGAAGAGAGAAGAUGUCUUCGGUACACCCGUUGAUAACUCCGUUGCUAUGAAAAUGAUGAAAAUGAUGGGUUGGCAAGGUGGAGGGUUGGGUGUCGACGCGCAAGGCAUAGCGGAACCUAUAAAACCUAACUUGCAGAUGGUAAAUAGAGCUGGUUUAGGCAGUGCUCAAGGCGUGAAAGACCUUCGAAGGGCUGCCCAAGCGUUAAUGCAACGCUACAUAGCAUCAGACACGAUAGAUUUGGACCUCGUCUUCACAAAUGACUUCGCGAAACCGGAGCGAGCGACACUACAUCAGGUAGCUCAAAGAAUGGGCCUGGCUUCCAGGAGUUAUGGAGAAGGUGAAGAGAGAUUUUUAGUAGUAAAGAAGAAAUUGAAUCCAUUCUCUUUGGUUCGUGCCGUUAUCGAGAAAGGAGGUGUGACGCCGAAAUAUCAAGUGUUCUUACCAGAAAGUCUUAUGCAGACUGGCAUACGUUGAUCUGUGAUCAUCAU